AAAGAUAAAAUUUUCUCCGUCAAAUGAACUGUUGCGAAUAAUGUGGACUAGCCCUGACGUUUAGCAAUCAAAACACAAUAUUUUUUGUUCGUUCGUUCUUGGGUAGAAUUUCUUUGGGGCGAAUCGCCUAGAUGCAAAAUGCUCGUUAGGUACACGGACCCAGAAAUACCACAACGAAGGAACGAUGGGCAGUGAAAAGGUGCCGCCGCAGCCCACCGCCACUAAGAAGGGCAUUAAGGAUGGUCCGAUCCGGUGUAUAUUGCUGAGCGAGUUCCAUGCCGUAGCCGGGUCGAAGAUCUGUUGCCAAGUACCGGACAACUUUAUCUCGAAGGAUGUUUUCGACUCCAUUCGUACCUUCAUCAUCCCGAAGCCGCAGCUGCAGCGAUGCAUCCUAACCGUCAACACACUGGGUCACAAGGUGAUCGGCUACCCGGUGCUGAUCAAUCACGUUCGCUAUCAGCGGAACGCGUUCUACUUUAAUUUGUGCUUCGUGUGCGACUCGGUGUCUCGCACCGUGCAGUAUGAGGCGGUUGUCAAGAAGCUGUCCGAGUAUCUGCUGAUGAUGGAGGAAGAAUCGUCGUUCCUCUCGAUGCCUGACAAGCGCGAUAACAUCCACAACCUGUUGGAGUGCAUCCUGCGCGAUCUGAACGAACGGCACGUGGCCACCAUCGUGGAAGGCAGCACGACGAUCUACCUGAAGAUCGGGCGCCUCAAGCCCGACCCACCGCUCGUGCAGGACCACCAGGUGCCGCUGUUGUGCCGCGGUUUCGAGGAUACGGAUCUGGACGCGUGGGACUUGACGACGCAGCAGGUGCUACCGUUCAUCAACGGCAUGAAUCACGUGGCUCGCAUCGCGGCCGAAGCGGACGUCGAGAACCAGUUGGUGAAGGCCUGCAUCCAGAACCUGGUCUACUACGAUGUGGUGCAGCUGCUACCGCUGCUCAAGUACAGCAACGUGUACAUGUGCACCCGGGCGCUGCAGAAAUUGACGCGCGAUCGCAACUUCGCCGAGGAGUGCCGGUGGUACGUGCAACUUCAGACGGACAAAGAACCCGCCCGGUUGCCCAGCCUUUUCAACAUACUUCAGCUCUACUCGCAGAUGACGCACGGUGUUACGCUUCGCUCGCUCUGCCAGCGGCUGUGCCCGCGUGAUAACAACAUCGACGAGCGAAAGCUGGUCUCGUUCGGCCUGCAGCACAGCCUGAUCCGCUGCAUCAACAAGUAUCCCAUUUUCACCGGUUCGCUGCCAACGCCGAAGCACAAGCUAUACACCGGACUAAACAGCUUCGACGAGAUAUGUUGCAAAACGGGGUUCACGCCCAGCCGGAUCGAACAGGAAAUUGAUAUGGAUUCGAACGUGACUGUUAUCUGGAAGUGAGGGAAGUAGCAGCAGCGUGUGCCAUUCGAUCGUACCGGUAGUGCUGUUGUUAUUGUAAAAAUUAGUUACGUAAUAUUUCGCGCAUAUGGGCAGCUAGCGACAGAAACGGAGCAAUGCAGCCAGGGCAAUAUUUUCACUCUUCAACAUAUGCACAUAUCAGACGUCGAAGGGUAUAUUUUGGAAAAAAAAACAUACCUUCUGUUGGAACCAGAGCGCUAUUCCAAAGCAAUACAUGCUCACAGUCGGUUUGCAAGUCCAUUGAGAAUGCAAAUGCGAGACAGAUUGAGUUAGUAGGGAAGGGGGAGUAGUUCAAAUCAAUCGCUGCUGUUGCCACUGUUGCUACUGCUGCUACUGCUAUAUACCGAGCGAUAAUGUGAUGGUUAAACUUGUGUAAUAAAUUGAAACAAUCAACUAUUGACCGCACUGGAUUAUCCUUAAAUGGUUUUAGAAGGGAGGUUACCAGCGAUCCGUUACAUUCCGUUAGCCGUUUCGGAACGCCGCACUCUCGGGGAUAGGCGUUACCGUUUUUACCCGGCAUGCUCAUGCCACGCCGGUCGCUUAUCUGUACCUUCUAUAGGUGUGUGUAUGUGUGUCUCCGUGCAAAACAGCAACGGCAGUUACAAAGGUUCGACGUCGCGACGAUUUGAAUAGCGGGAUAGCGCCACGGUAGCAUAUUUAUCGCGCGGGGUACACC